AUGGAUAUUAGUGUCCGUAAGGCAGCAAAGAAAUAUAGUGUCCCCGUCCAAACUCUUCGUGACCUCGUGAAAGGGAAAGUUGAUAUGGAGAAGGUCACUAUGGGACCAGCACCUUUAUUAGGACAGGAAGAAGAAGCCAUGCUAGUGUCCCACUUGAAGGAAAUGGCAGCACUGGGGUAUGGAUACACACGACAAGAAGUGACUAACAUUGCAUCAGAUUAUGCAAUUCAACUUGGUAAAAAGACUAAACAACAGAAACCCCUCACACUUAAAUGGUUUAGAGGAUUGAUGAAGCGGUGGCCAGACUUGAAGGUUGUAAAGCCAAGAGCCUUAGAGUACCAACGAGCAAAAUCAGCAAAUCCAGGAAAUGUGAAAAAGUACUUUGACGAACUUUCAACUAUUCUUAAGAAAUACAGUUUAUUGGACAAACCCCAUAAAAUAUUCAACAUUGAUGAGAAAGGAAUUACCCUUAAUCAUGUGCCUCCUCAUGUAGUAUCGGGCACCGGACAAACUCCACAGGCAGUUACAACAGGAAAAUCCUCUACAGUCACUAUAUUGGGAUGUGGUAGUGCCUCGGGGGUUGCCAUUCCACCAUAUUUUGUAUUUCCUGGAAUGCACAUGAGGACAGAGUUGAUGGAAGGCGCAACACCUGGAGCAACUGGUGAUGUAUCAGAGAGUGGUUGGUCUAACUCUGUUAUUUUCCUACAAUAUCUACAGAACCACUUCCUUCAACAUGUUCCUGGUGGACUGCAUGAACCAGUUUUGUUAUUGUUGGAUGGACACAAGUCCCAUGUUUCUGUUGCUGCGGUGGAAUGGGCCAAGGAACACAAUGUUAUACUGCAUGUAUUGCCAGCACACACAAGUCAUAUUCUUCAACCCAUGGAUGUUGGUUGUUAUGGCCCCCUCCAGAAAAUCUAUAACAAUUUGUGUCAUAAACAGAUGAGAGAAACAUCAACAGUUAUAUUGAAGCAGGAUAUUUGUUCGCUAGCAUGCCGUGCAUAUACAAAAGCUCUUUCAGCAGAAAACCUUCAGUCUGCCUUCCGCAAGUGUGGGAUAUACCCAUUUAAUGCUGAUGUAGUCCCAGCAGAAGCCAUGGCACCUUCAUAUGCAAUCUUGACGGUCACCCAUGAGGAAAAUCAAGAAAUGGCAGAGGCAGAUGAGGAUGAUAAUGAUGUUAUAGUUGAGAACAAUAGCUUAAAUUUUUUUGCUGAACGCACGAGGGAGCUUGUCCAUGUAAAAUCUGAAGGAUCGAGGGCCAAAAAACCACGCAAUACUCUCAGCAAGAUAACAUCAGGCAGAGCAAUUACUGAGCUUGAGGUGUCCAAUAAAAUUAAAGAGCAUGUUUCAUCCAAUAAGAAAUCUACAGGAAAAAGCCACGCAAAUGCAAGGAACAAGAAAACUUCAUGUCGGACUAACAAUGACUCUCAGGAACCUGGACCUUCCUACAUGGGCCCAACGAGUAGUAAGAAGAUAAACACUUCUCAUCAUACUAAGGAUCAUUCUCAGGAACCUGGGUCUACAAACCGAUAUCUUUUAUCCGAAGAUUCCGAAGAUGUUUCCAUUUCUGAGGAAGAACUGUGCUGCAUUUGUAAAAAGUACACACCUGAAGCCGUCCGACAAAGUGCAUCCCUAAUUUUUGUGAAGUGGGUGCAAUGUGAUAUGUGGAGACAUUGGGUUCACUUAAACUACUGCACUGAUAUCAGAGUGAUUCGUAUUGGUGAUCAGUAUAAAUGUCCCCACUGUAAAUAGAGUAAACACGUGUACUUUUGAAAUAUGUUUAUUACCAAGUUUUGAACAGUUUCAUUAUUCGAAAUAUAGUUGACUUUGAUGUUAUUUUGAUGCCUAUCAUAUUUAUUCUGUUGUGAAAUUUAUGGUAUUUUGAGUUUCAUAUUGAAAUUCAUCAAACUGUGAAAUGCAAUCAGUGUAAUGAAAUAUUUCAUUUCCAUUAGCUGUAUAUAAGUGUAAAUGCAUAAAACGAAUGUGAUAUUUAAGAAAUGAAUGAAAAAAGUUACCACACACUAAAAAUGUGUUUUUCUUGGCCUCAUUUAGCUGUUACAUCCGGGUGCACGACUACUGGUCCUAAACAAAUAUGGCUGACGUUGAACUUCACUUGCUUUAUGUCUCAAUAAUAAACAUGAUAAACCGCUUUGAAAUAUUUUGAAUAAAGAGAAAGUAAGAUUAUAACAUGGUAAGUUAAAAUAUCAUGUGAAAUAAGCUAAUAUUUCGUUUAACUGUUUCUUGAAACGGAUACUCUCUUAAGCGCACGACUACUGGGCACUCGGGGGUAUCUGAAAAAAGGCCAGAGAAGGAUGAUUCACAAUGUGAAUGUAAAACGAAAGUAACAAACUGAAUUUUGAUGGUUUUAUG